AUGGAAUCGCGUUUCCGUGUCAAGUUCUGGACGUCGCGACGCGCGAAACGGAAUUCGGAGCUCGAGAUUCACAGUGUUCCCUACCAAGCUGCAUCGGAAGGGAAACGAAGACCGAUCUUUAUUCACCAACCCUUAGGUCGCAACCUCAAAGAAAAGCGCAAGAGCGACACCUCUGCACUGCAAGGAGUAUCCUAUCGAACUAGCAGAGCUGGGACCCCGCCAGAGAUCGGCGACCUCCCUCACAAAGGCAACGGGCCCAUCAAACUACAUGCCAGCCGUUCUGGAGAGCUGCUCAGCUCGGAAUCAGUGCUUGCUGGAAUCGAAGAUGCUGAUAUCUUCGUUCCGCGGCGAGACUCUCGCACCUUGUCUUUGCGCAAUUCCACACUAAACGAAAGACGGCCCUCUCAUUCGUCAUUAUCUUCGUCACCGUCUCAACGGCGACCACCAGGAUCAGCGCCGGCAGCCUGGGCACCAUUCUCUGGCUCGUCUCCAUUGCUCGACAUCCCCGAGAACUCGCCUACCCAUCUGACUACACGGCAUUCGAUGUCUACGCCUCAGAGCUCAGGCUUUGCGGAUUCAAUGGGGCGGCCGACAUCACAUCAACAAAAUUCACCAAUUGAUGGACUGGGAAUCUUCGAGCAGCCUCCGCAGGGUAUACUCAAGAACGGUUCCCAGCACGUCGAGGCACCCGCGGAACAAAGUGCUACGAUUCGUGCCCUUUGGAAAGCAGAGUACAGCCGUUUGGUCACCAUAUAUGGUCAAGCGGGUGUUGAGAAAAGCUUCGGAGAGAUGCCUGGGGAUCAGAAGAAGCUAUCAAUAAUCGAAGAUGAGCAGGUCACGCCAGUGGCUCUAGACCCUCUGCCCCGUCCUAGUUUCGAACCGAAAGACAAUAAGCAGAAGACUAGACGAAGAUCUCGGAGUGACGCUCGCCACGACGACACGUCCGAUGAGUCUUCGCAACGGCCACAUUCUUUCAUGUCGUCUGCUGGGGGAUAUGCAUCAUCAUUUACAACCAGAACUAGUAUCGCGGAAUCAGAUACGUUUACCACCAAAGACGACAUCCGCAAGAUGGUUGACGCUCGAGCACGCGAGCCAUCUCGAGACGCAGUGAAGUCACUACGGCGGAAGAAGAAGAGGAAGUCGACCACGCCCGCGACUACGCCAAGAGCAUCAUCGAUCCCAGUGACACCCGAAGGAGAGCGCUCAGUCUCGAUGCCCACAACAAGCUCGUCUCCCCUUCUUCGGUCACAACGAAGUGUCCGAACAGUCUCACAGCCUGUUGCAGGCAUUCCAUUAGUCCAGGACCCGACAGCAAGCGAUGAGCCAGAACCAGAUGCUGGUCUCAAACGGGCCGAUUCUGCUACACUCGGCGCUCUGACGGGCGAGUCCAGGAGGAGCUCCAUCAAGAAGCGUGCAGCGUCUAGACAGAACUCUCGACGUGGCUCGCUUUCGAAUCCUAAGAUACGCUUGUCAACCUCGGUAAGCAAGAAAGCUUCACCGGCUGAGAAAGAGAACGUGGUUGAGGACGAGGACUUUGCGUCACUCUACAAGGACAUCUUCUCCUCGACAGACUUCUGGCAAUCGUCCGCUACUGCAUCAACUACAAAUAUCUCUCUGUCAACUUACCAGACGCCAGACUCUGUGUCAUCUGGACCAAACGCGUCACUUUAA